AUGGCAAAGGCCACCACCGACAAGAUUCGGGCUGCGUCUGCUGAGUCGAAGAAGUCGCCUGCCCGUUUACAGCAGUCGAAGCUCCCUUUCGAGUCUCUUUCGAAGCCCUCACAGUCACAGAAGAGCAAAGUGGUCGACGAUGUUCCUCAGGCUCGGGGCGGCGGUUGGACGAUAACCCGGACAAAUGCGCGUGAGGAGUACCAUCUUACGAAUGACGACCUCAAAGGCCUCCAGAGUGAAACGAAACCCACGCUGCCCAAGAAUGGUGAAGACAGCCGCACCAUGGUACUUUAUCAAGAACAGGAUGUGGAGCGCAGGGCUUGGGAGCGCCACGGGGGAAAGGGCCAGUUCAUCAAUCACCUGAAGAUGUUGCGCAAGAAGCAUAACGCGAGGAAGAAUAGCGGCGGCGAGGAAUCAUUCAAACUCCCCUAUGCAUAUCGCAGCGAUGUCAUCGGGAAAUCGGCCGCAGGUCCCGUUCCUUCGCAGGCGAACCAGACCAUCCCGGCGCGAAACCUGAGCAUCCCCCUCUCACCGGCUCUUGCUCAAAUCAAGAACACGAUGACGCCCUGGUUCUGGAACGAGUUCACCGAGGAACUCGAGCGGUGGGAGAGCUGCCGGAAGCGUAGGGGUCACAGCAGCGGCCUCGGAGUCCAGCGUUGGGAGACUGCGAUGCAACGCGCUGCAAUAUUCGCGGAGACGUACCCUGCACGGCCGCCUCCCUCCCACGUUCCCCCGAAGUCCCCUUGGAUGAACGCCUUGCGCACGACCCUCGCAGCGGCGCCGCGGAUGCCGCGCAACUACACGCGCGGAUUCGUCGAGGGCAUCGUGCCCUUCGGCAGGACGCCGAUCGGGACUUCGCUUAUAGCGCUAGACGACUGGGACGACGCGUACCACCUCCGUGUGUUCGCGGCUGUGGCCGCUGUGGUCAAGGCCCAUGGGCUAGAAGAGGCGGGGUGGGCGAGUGCGCGCUGGGAGGUCUACGACACCUAUGUGGAUUGCGUCGGAUGCGCCAUCGUUUAUAGCCCUCACCGCGAGGAGUGGUUCGAUCCUGGGGCGCGAUGGCUGGAGGACGAGUACCGUCUCCGAGGACCGAGCCGGGACUAUCUACAGACAGAGGCCGGGCGCGAGCGCGUGUUCCCGAAGAUCCCGUCGCCCACCUACCGAUCAGCCGCAGGAGGCUCGUCGUCGAUGUAA